CGGCGGCGGGGGUGGGCUGCGGGGCGGCGCGGCUGGGGCGUCCGCAGCGCUGAGAGGGCAGGCUCGGCCCCGCCGCCGCACAGGCCUCCGCCGCCUCUCGGUUCUUCCCCCCCUCCCCUCUCCCCUCCCCCGCAGCGCCGGUUCCGCACCGAGAGAGGCGCCCGGCGUCAGCGGACCUCCAUGUACGACAAUUUGUACCUGCAUGGAUUUGAAGACUCGGAGGCGGGCUCAGCAGAUUCAUACACAAGCAGACCCUCAGACUCUGAUGUCUCUUUGGAAGAAGACAGGGAAGCAAUCCGCCAAGAGAGAGAGCAGCAAGCAGCUAUACAGCUCGAGAGGGCAAAGUCCAAACCAGUAGCAUUUGCUGUCAAGACAAAUGUGAGUUACUGUGGAGCCCUGGAUGAAGAUGUUCCUGUCCCAAGCACUGCCAUCUCUUUUGAUGCCAAGGACUUCCUACACAUUAAAGAGAAAUAUAACAAUGACUGGUGGAUAGGAAGGCUGGUGAAGGAGGGCUGCGAGAUUGGCUUCAUUCCAAGCCCACUGCGACUGGAGAACAUCCGCAUCCAGCAGGAGCAGAAGAGAGGACGUUUCCAUGGAGGGAAAUCAAGUGGCAAUUCUUCUUCAAGUCUAGGAGAAAUGGUUUCUGGCACCUUCCGAGCCACACCUACUUCCACAGCGAAGCAGAAGCAGAAAGUGACAGAACACAUUCCCCCUUAUGAUGUAGUGCCAUCCAUGAGACCUGUUGUCUUGGUGGGGCCAUCACUGAAAGGCUAUGAGGUGACAGACAUGAUGCAGAAAGCUCUCUUUGACUUCCUGAAGCACAGGUUUGAUGGGAGGAUAUCCAUAACGAGAGUGACAGCUGACAUUUCCCUUGCUAAGAGGUCUGUUCUGAAUAAUCCAAGCAAGAGGGCAAUCAUUGAGAGGUCAAACACGAGAUCCAGUUUAGCUGAGGUCCAGAGUGAAAUUGAGAGGAUCUUUGAGCUGGCAAGGUCCUUGCAGCUGGUUGUCCUAGAUGCAGACACUAUCAACCACCCUGCACAACUUAUCAAGACAUCUUUAGCACCAAUCAUUGUCCACGUCAAAGUGUCUUCACCAAAGGUUUUGCAGCGACUGAUUAAAUCCCGGGGGAAGUCCCAAAGCAAACACUUGAACGUUCAGUUGGUGGCAGCUGAUAAGCUUGCACAAUGCCCACCAGAAAUGUUUGAUGUCAUUUUGGAUGAGAACCAGCUGGAAGAUGCUUGUGAGCACUUGGCAGAGUACCUGGAGGCAUACUGGCGUGCUACCCACACCACCAGCAGCACGCCCAUGACCCCUCUCCUGGGGAGGAAUUUGGGAUCCACCGCGCUCUCCCCGUACCCCGCCGCAAUCUCUGGCUUGCAGAGCCAGCGGCUGAGGCACAGCAGCCACUCUACCGAGAACUCUCCAGUCGAGCGCCGAAGCCUAAUGACCUCAGAUGAAAACUACCCCAGCGAAAGGGCUCGGAAGAGCAGGAACCGCUUGUCUUCCACUUCCCAACACAGCAGAGACCACUAUUCUCUGGUGGAAGAAGAAUACUCUGACUCGUACCAGGACACUUACAAACCCCACAGGAACCGAGGCUCCCCGGGAGGAUACAGCCACGACUCGCGCCACAGGCUUUGAGUUGAAGAACCUGGGGGGUGGGGGUAGGGGGGAGGGGAAACCAAAGCAAAAUAGGAUCCAUCAGUUGAUAUCUUGCCAUGAAGUAGCUAGGAAACAAAACAGAAAUCAUCUUGGUUUGGCAGAUGAAGCAAGCAAACAAACAAAUCACCUUGGUUUGGCAGAUGUAAACCAGAGUUGCACUCUGCUGUCAUCUGAUGUUAAGUAGAGGGGCAAAACCAACAGCGUCCAUGCCCUGACGUUUCUGCCCAAUCAAUCACUGAGGUUGGUUGCUUUGAUUCUUUUGAUUCUGGUUGAUUGUUGGUUUUCUUAUUGGUUUUCUUCUUUCAUUGACAUUUAGAGCCAUACUUGUUUGUUCAGCUUGGUUAUUUGGUUUGGUUUUGUUGUGUUUUUUUUUCCUUGUCUUUAGGUAUUAGACACAUCCAUUUGUAAUUUUAGAGUUAAAAAAAAAACAAAAACACAAUAAUUUCCUGUGCUGGAAAUUCCAAAUGACCAGUUCCAGUUGGAACCAAUGUAUAAACCAAUUCCUGUUGGAAUUUGGGUGAAUUGACUGGAAAGUCGACUCGAGCACGUUGCAAUCGAUCGAAGGCAACAACAACAAAAGAAACAGAACCAACCAACCCCUUCCCCUCCACUAGAAGGACCUUCAGGUGUUCCAGCAGUGGAACAAGGUGAGGCAUUGGUAAGGCUCCCACUCUUGCCAGUGUCCUGUCUGGGAUUCUAUCAUUCUCUUCCCCCCCUCCAACAACCAAACCCAAAGGAACAAUCUAACUGUUUCCAAACCACUUAGAAGCCUGAAAGUCAGCUGCAGUGGUUGUGUGCUGGAAGCUCAGUUUCCAUUGGUAGUGAGAAUAAACAAAAAGGGUUAUUCUACUCUAAAAGUAGUUAUUUUAACUACUUCUCUCCAGAGUGGCUUGGUUUGGGUUUUUUGGUUUGUUUGGGUUGUUGGUGGUGGUUGUUUUUUUUCAGACAGUGCCAAAUAUCACCCAUUCUUGCAGCAGUUACAAAAGCACUUUCCAGUUUGAAAGGAGUUUUUAGGCCAGGUGUGAAGGUGGCAGUAAAAUUCCUUUAGUUUAUUUAGCCAGUGCUGAUGGUUUAGUUGUGGUCAGCGGUGAUGAACUGUGGCAGGAGAAGGGGAAUAUGGAGGUGGAACAAACCUGAGGGUAGUUGGUGUGGUUGAAGGUUGAGGUGAGGCUUUUUUGGUUCUCUUCUUGACCUGAACAGGCUGAGAAGAAGCUUUUUUAUUUUCCAUCUUAACUUGAACAGGCUGAGAAGAGGCUUUUGUGUUUCUCUUCUUAACCUGAACAGGUUGGGAAGAGGCUUUUGUGUUUUUCUUGACCUGAACAGGUUGAGAAGAAGCUUUUUUGUUUCCCAUCUUAACUUGAACAAGCUGAGAAAAGGCUUUUGUGUUUCUCUUCUUAACCUGAACAGGUUGGGAAGAGGCUUUUGUGUUUUUCUUGACCUGAACAGGUUGAGAAGAAGCUUUUUUGUUUCCCAUCUUAACUUGAACAAGCUGAGAAGAGGCUUUUGUGUUUUUCUUGACCUGAACAGGUUGAGAAGAGGCAUUUGUGUUUCUCUUCUUAACUUGAACAGGCUGAGAAGAGGCUUUUGUGUUUCUCUUCUUGACCUGAACAGGUUGAAAAGAGGCUUUUGUGUUUCUCUUUACCUGGACAGGUCAAGAAGAGACUUCUUUUUUUGUUUCUCUUCUUAACCUGAAUGGGUUGAGAAGAGAAUUUUUGGCUUUUCAUCUUGACCUGAACAAGUUGAGAAGAAGCUUUUUGAUUCCUCUUCUUGACCUGAACACAGGUAGUAGUCCCAAAAUGGAGUGUUAGUGUGUAGAGACAUCAUCUUUCCCCUCCCCAUUUUCAGCCUUUCAAAAUGGAAACCAACACUCCUCUUAAGCCAGUGUGCAGAGUAGCUCCACCCCAGUACCUCCCAACACAUUCCCUCUUUCAAAGUCCAUCUUUGAUUGUCUUAAGAACUCAGCAUCGCACAAGAAGUCUCCAGAGGCUUGGUUUCAAUUCCAGUGCUGAAAUCUGAGGGAAGGGAGUGGAGUUAACUAGCAGUAAAUGACAAAACAUCUGAAAUCACAACUUGGUCAGAGUUGGAUGGCAAUAAAAAUCACAUUAUCAGGGACAACCAAUCUGCUCCCAGUACAGCUGUUGAGCUGCUGUUUCUGACUGAAAGCAGGAGGAUCAGUCUGUGGAGAUGUUGCUGCCUUACUUCCUAACAGUCACUUCUUUGCACCUCCUGAGUCUUCAGUUUCUUUUACCUAGGUACAUUUGUGUGACUGCCUUGUGUCUUAUGUGAUCAGGGAAGCCUUAGGUCCAGUGUGACUGACAAAUUCACCACCACUCACCCUUCUGUGUCUUUGCACAGAUGCUCCUCAGCUUCCCCACUUCCUCCAGCUGACAGAACCUGCAUUUUUUUUAAUGCAGGUUCACAUCAAAACUGAUUUUGUUUUGGGUUUUUUUUCUCCCUUUGUCCAAAAUGGGGAUCAUUAACUUUUAGAUUGGCUUCUUUUCUCCUAAACUCUACUGGAAUGUGUCCCUGCCCAUGGCAGGGGGGUUGGAACUAGAUUAUCUUCAAGAUCCCUUCCAACCCAAACCAUUCUGUGAGUCUAUGAAUAAAUGAACAUUAUGAUUCCUUCUCCCCUCUGGACCAGUUAGCAAAGAUCACCACUGCUGAGUCUGGUUAUCUUCUUGAUGUUAACAAUGAGGAAGGUCAUCUCCUGUCUGGUACAACCCAACCUGAUGUCCUUCUCCAGCAGCAGGUGGAUGCGUGGUUCAUUGUUUUUAACUGCCUUGACUGCCUGAAGGGCAUGAGAUGGUUCAAAUGGGCCAGGGGGCAAGAAAAACAGGGGAAUCUCUGCAUCCAUUGGGAGUUAAGAAUGGGUAUGACAGACCUGAUCCUGUCUGAUUCCAAAAGAGCAUUUAGGCUGAGAAAGAGUGGCAGGAUCUGGUCUGGCAGUGGUGGCAUCAGCUGCCUUUUCUAGUGUAUACGACAGACCUGAUCCUGUCUGCUCUUCUGUUUGAUUCCAAAGGUGGAUUUAGGCUGAGGAAGAGUGGCAGGAUCUGGUCUGGCAGUGGUGGCAUCAGCUGCCUUCUCUGGUGGAUAUGGCAGACCUGGUCAAGUCUACUCUUCUGCCUGAUUCAAAGGUACAUUUAGGCUGAGGAAGAGUGGCAGGAUCUGGUCUGGCAGUGGUGGCAUCAGCUGCCUUCUCUGGUGGAUAUGGCAGACCUGGUCAAGUCUACUCUUCUGCCUGAUUCAAAGGUACAUUUAGGCUGAGGAAGAGUGGCAGGAUCUGGUCUGGGAGUGGUGGCAUCAGCUGCCUUCUCUGGUGGAUAUGGCAGACCUGAUCAAGUCUACUCUUCUGCCUGAUUCAAAGGUACAUUUAGGCUGAGGAAGAGUGGCAGGAUCUGGUCUGGCAGUGGUGGCAUCAGCUGCCUUCUCUAGUAUUUUUCUGCUACAGCACAGUGGAGCCUUCUCCAGACUUCUGUUCCAUGUACAGCACACGUACCUGCAUGAGAAAAGAAGGCAUUUAGGCGAAACAUUGGAUUAUCUAUUUUUUUCCCUCUAAGCUUUACUACUAAGUUUCUUGUUUGUGUGCAUUAAAAGUAUUAAUUGCAAAGGUUGCACUGAGAUGUAUAAACCUAGAGUAGCCAGCUCUUUAUCUUUACUCUGUAGUAGCAGUAGAGAUCAGAUCAUUUAAUUGCUUGAAGAUAUUUGCAUUUCAAAAGGCAGGUAGCCGCGAAGCAACUAACUUCUCUUUUCUAGCAAACGAGGUUACUGCUUUAUCAUCCAUCUCCUAGCCAAAACUCUCCCAUCUCUUUCUGAAGCCUUUUGGAGCCUUGUUUUCAAGUCUUCCAUGUCACGCUAGGGAAAGAUCUACAGGACACAUAUGCACAGAUCCCAUCACCUGCAGCAUCUGAAGUGCCAGAACUCCUCGGUUUGUUCUCCUAAACCCACGCUCGUGAGGGAAGUUGCCUCUUCCCUUGGACUUCCUUCACCACGUGCGUUUACCUUGACUUUACUCUCCUCUGUAAUUAAUUUGCCCUCUCCUCUCCCUCUGCCCAUUCCAUCUGAAGCAGUUAGAAGUGAUCCCAGCAGGUCUCUUGCUUGCUGUUUGGUUUCUCUUUUUAUCCUUUGAGAUAUAUCCAUCCUUAAGUACACCUACAGCUAAUGCGCUAAUAGGUUGUUAAUUUAUUCUAGAGCCAAGCUUAGGGGAGCUCUUUAUUUUUAUAAAGCAAAUCAUUUUUAGGAAGCAGAGCACUCAGUAAAAGCUGCACUGUCAAGCAGGAUAUGUUUUAGCCUCUGUCUUAGACCUCCAGCAGUGCUCACUGGCUGUGUUGUGACUUCUGAACGCUGCAGCGCUGAGUAGAACCAUUGGGUCCCUGUAUUCCUGAAGGGAUAUGUGGCAGGCUCAGUUUUCCAGCCCUGUCCCAUUUCUUCCUGCUACUAAACUACUGAGUAUCACAGUUCUGUCUCUAAGCUCUUUCUUCUCUUUCUGCCCAGGGAGGUGGUGGAGGCACCAUCACUGGGGGUCUUCAAGAAAAGACUGGAUGAGACACUUAGUGCCAUGGUCUAGUGGAUUGGAUAGGGCAGGGUGCUAGGUUGGACUGGAUGAUCUUGGAGGUCUCUUCCAACCUGGCUGACUCUAUGAUUCUAUGAUUGCAGAGACCUUUUAUGAAAUCUUUGAUAUUUUUUUUUUUUCCAAUCCUUUCUUUUUUUUUUGCCAUCAGCUUCAGCUCUUCACCAGGACCCUUUGGGAUGAAUAACCCAACGAAGGUGGAUAAUAACAAACCACCUCCAGAUCUAAUGGCAGGGAUAAUGAACUGACAAAGUGUUUUCCAAAUCCUGAAGCCACUUGAAAGACAAUUCAGCUCUUUUAAUUUAUUGGCCAGUUGUAUUGAACAGAUGUCUGGGCUCUUUUCCUGCUUCCAGAGACGUUUCUCCCAUGAGAUGCGCAGCUCCCAGCUGAUGAUGUUUUGUGACCCCGGCGUACGCGACUAAAGCCGUUCCACAUCCAAUUUUAGUUCCUCAGCAAUGGGCCAAAUGAAAUGGUUGUUUUCUGAACAGAUUGGCUUGGCAAAAAUCACUUCCUCUGCUUGAGAACUGACAGUGCAAGCAGCUGGAUCUGAUCAUCUUGCCAUAGAAAUUGGGCACCCAUGGAUUUGUCCGUGAGCAGCACGAGCAGCUUCUGCUGCCGGUGCUGUUCUGCUAAUGACAGCUCCUCAGCUGCUGAGCACUCAGCCUGCUCCUGAUUCCACAUCUGGGGCUGGAGCUUUUUAGCUUGGAGAGGAGAAGACUAAGGGGUGACCUGAUUAAUGUUUAUAAAUAUGUAAGGGGUGAGUGGCAGAAGGCUGGAGCCAGGCUCUGUUGAGUGAUGCCCAGUGACAGGACAAGGGGCACUGGGUGGAAGUUGAGGCAUAGAAGGCUCCAUGUGAACCUGAGGAAGAGUUUUUUCCUUGUGAGGGUGACAGAGCACUGGUACAGGCUGCCCAGGGUGGGUUGUGGAGUCUCCCUCUCUGGAGAUAUUCAAGCACCAUCUGGAUGUGUUCCUGUGUGACCUGCUCUGGGUGAUCCUGCUCUUGCAGCAGGGCUGGACCAGAUGAUCUGUCAAGGUCCCUUCCUGCCCCUGAUGUUCUGUGAUCUCUUUGAGUCAACCCUGAUGGACCCAAAUAACUCAAGCAUGCUUGGGCUCGGAGGUGGCUCUGUGGCUCAGUGGAUGCUGUUGCUGGUGAUUGUCCUCCCAGCGUUGGUGUUGGGUUUGCUGCAAAUCAGAAAACCUUUCAGCUGGGUUGAAAGCUGCUUCUAAUGUUGAUACCUGAGGAAGGGUUAACCUUUUGUGCUCCUUGCUUUUAAAAUGACGAUUAGCAGGUACUCAGAAGAGUGUCCAUGGCAAGGAGAGGUUGCUGGUGGAGUAACAAGCUGAUGGUAGUUCCUCUGGGUGCACAUAGGACGGAAACUUCAAGCUCAGUUUAGUCUCAGAACCACAAACUUCUCUGAAACAGGCUCCUGCAGUCCAAGAUCUUUACUGACAUUCCUAUCCCCCAAAGAAUAUUGCUGAGACUAUUACUUGAGAGCAUUUGGGGUAGGUUAGGGGCUUUAGCCAGACUUUGUGUUUUGUUCUCUGCUGAAUUUUGUUGUCCAAGUUGAGCGCUUCUGAAGCCUGCCCUUGAUUCCACAACCUUCAUUUGGAGGUAAAACUGAAUUGGAGACCACAAAUGAAAAGCAAUGAGAUGCCUAUUUUGCAUGAUACCACUUCUCCCAUUCUGGUUUUACUCCUAACUGUGGCUUUCUCUUAACCCAGUUGGCAGGAACAGAAGUUUGGACACAGGGGGUGCUGCUGCCGUUUCUUUUUGUUGCAUUUUUGCCCCCUGUUCCUUCCAACAGUGGCUCUGCAAAGAGAAACAAGAUGCUGUGGUGUCACCAGUUUGAGCUCUGGGGGAAUGAAGUUCCCAAGAGCUGCCAAAAGGGAGUAUGGUGUUUGAAGAGCCAUUUGAAGAACCUUGGUCAGGUUGUUGCUCAAAGUCUGUCUUGAAAACCAAAGGGGCAUUUAAGAAGGGUUGUGAGAUAGAUGUGUGGGAUUAGCCUGGAGAAGGAGCUGAGAAUGUUGCUCAGUGUGGAAAUCCUGUGUUGAGAUGUCUCAGGAUUCCAUUAUGGAAUCCAUUUGAAGAGAUCAAGAGAAAUACUGAAUCCAUACAGAGGAUUUGGGGAGAAGAAGGUGGAAAUCAAGUUUAAAAGAUUAAUAAUCUAGUUGGAGGUGUUCUGCUGACUGCAGGGGGGUUGGAGUAGAUGAGCUUUAAAGGUCCCUUCCUUUAAAGCAUGCCAUGAUUUGAUGAGUGGGUCAAUCCUUUUUUCCUGGGAGCAGCACUGGCUUGCUCUGGGUAGAUUUUGGUAGAUUUGCCUUUUCCCCUCACCAUUUUUGGCCUCUUUUGGACUGGAUCCUACUGUUGGAUGCGGGCUUUGUUACCAUCUCCCCCAAAAAGCUGAGAAUUGGCAAGCUCUGACCAGAAAUGGCACAUCCUGGUUAUCAGAAACCUUAGCAAUAUUUCCUGAAAAGCAAACCAGAAUUCCACUUCAAAACUCCCCAAAUCCCCUUUGGGAUUAAUUCUGCUCAGUAUAAGCAAACAAAGAAUCAAUACAGUGUGAAAAUCUCUUCUACACUAGGGAGGGAAAUAUUUUGCCAGGGAUGUUAAUCCAAACCAGAGCAAAGAAAAAUGAAGCACAUUUGUAAUAGCACAAACUUCCAAGAAUUCCACCCCUGCAGACACUGUGGUGGUCUUGAGAUACAAAGGGGUGGGGAGGUUUGAUCCAGUCUCAGUGAGUUUACUGCAGUUUUUGAUCCCUGGGCAGGUCAUUUCUUAAGCCUUGCAUUUUUGCCUGUGUGAUUAUUUUGGAUGAAUUUGUAUGAUUUCUCUGUUAAUGAAUGAAAAACCAACCAAACAAACACAAAGCACCCCUAAACCUUUGCCAAUUAGCAAGCCCACUGCACUCAUGUCCGCUGAUUUCCUCCUGGAAGCUGAAAUCACAUCAAUAACCUCUGAUUUUAGCUAGUUUGGGUUAUAGAACUGAUGAGUAUACCACAAAUAACAGCAGUAGCCCAAGGUCUGGAAUGGGAAAAAUAAGAAGAGUGCCAGUAAAGAAGCUUUGGGGGCUACAGAGUGAUUUGCUGGGGAUGGGGAGGUGGGAGAGAGGAGAAUAUUGCACCCUCAGAGCUCUGCCCACUCAGAACGUCCACUGAGUUUAAAACAGGAAGGGAAAUGAGGUGGAGGGAGGGAGUUGACCACAGCAGUCCCUGCCCAUGGUGGGAAGGUUGGAGUAGAUGAUCUCUGAAGUCCCUUCCAAGCUAGGCCAUUCUGUGAAGAUGACCUUUGAGGGUCCCUGCCAACCUGAUGUUAGCUGUGCUUUGGUGGAUUUCCACCUGAAACGCUCCAGUUCUCUUCUUUUGUAUGAGAGCAGCAACCGAAGGGAACCGAGCAAAGCGCAACCUGUGUGCACACAGGAGACACAGGGAGGGGCAAAGAAAGGAGGUGGAAACAGUCACUCAGAACCACAAACUAUGGACCUUGGGCUCCUCAGAUCCCACAGAAUCCCUGGUUUUCACCCAAACUGGUUCCCAGUGACAGCCUGGCAGUUGUUAAAUCUGUAACUACAUUUCAGUAUCUAAAGGGGAGCUACAGGAGGACUGGAGAGGGACUGUGCAGAAGGGCCUGUGGUGGUGGCCAAGGGACAAUGGUUUGAAACAAACAGGGGGGGGUUAGGAUAGACAUCAGGAGGAAGUUCUUCACAAUGAGGGUGGUGAGAUAGUAAAGCAGGUUGCCCAGAAAUGUGUUUGAGGCCCCAUCCCUGGAGACAUUCAAGAUGAGACUGGAUGUGGCCCUGGGAAGCCUGUUCUAGUUGUAAGUGUCCAUGCUGGCUGUAGGGAUUUGCUCAAGUUGACCUUUGGGGGUCCCUUCCAACCUGGUGUGUUCUGUGAAUCCCUGAGGCACAAACAUCUUUGAGUGAAUCUCAGUGCAGUAACUGGAAUGGGAAAGGCAGCAGAGAAGAGAUCAGAACUAAGAGGCUGAUCACAGUGUCUGCAGAAGGCAAGGGCUGUGUGGAGCCUUGUCCUUUCAUGCCAGGUGAUUUACAACAGGGAAUACCUCUCUCUCCUGGCUGUGUUUAUCCACCAGUGUCUCUGCUGUUGGAUGUGGCCCUGGGCAUCUUGUUCUAGUUGGAGGUGUUCCUGCUGGCUGCAGGGAUUUGGUCAAGUUGACCUUUGGGGUUCCCUUCCAACCUGAUGCAUUCUGUGAAUCCCUGAGGCAUGAACAUCUAGUUGUAGGUGUCCCUGUUGGCUGCAGGGCAAGGGUGGGUAUUGCACAAGAUGAGCUUUGAGGGUCCUUUCCAACCUGAUGCACUCUGUGAAUCCCUGAGGCAUGAACAUCUAGCUGGAGGUGUCCCUGCUGGCUGCAGGGCAAGGGUGGGUACUGCACAAGAUGAGCUUUGAGGGAGAAGAGGAGGCUCAGGGGUGAUCUUAUUACUGUCUACAACUACCUGAAAGGGCAUUGUAGCCAGGUGGGGGGUGGCCUCUUCUGCCAGGCAAGCAGCAACAGAAGAAGGGGACACAACCUUAAGUUGUGCCAGGGUAGGUCUAGGCUGGAUGUUAGGAAGAAGUUCUUCACAGAGAGAGUGAUUGGCAUUGGAAUGGGCUGCCCAGGGAGGUGGUGGAGGCACCGUCCCUGGGGAUCUUCAAGAAAAGCCUGGAUGGGGCACUUAGUGCCAUGGUCUGGUUGACUGGAUAGGGCUGGGUGCUAGGUUGGACUGGCUGAUCUUGGAGGUCUCUUCCAACCUGGUUGAUUCUAUGAUUCUAUGAUGCACUCUGUGAAUCCCUGAGGCACGAACAUCUAGCUGGAGAUGUCCCUGCUGGCUGCAGGGCAAGGGUGGGUACUGCACAAGAUGAGCUUUGAGGGUCCCCUCCAACCUGAAGCGAAAUGCAGCCUCACUGGGAGCCAGUUCAGCUGGUAAAGACAUUUACCAAGAUAAAAAACUACUCCACCUUGUUGUUUUCUGCUGAUUUCCCUCUUUCUGUUGUCCCUUCUAUAGAUACUGUAUGUGUAGCAUUCGAUGAGGCAUGCUGGGUACAAUAUACUAUGCAAAUGUGUACAGUGUUGCAUGCUUUGCUCUCCCUCUGCUUUUAGUGGCUUUCCAAGGAUUUAAAAACAAAGGAACAAAAAAAAAGACAAGAGAAGUGUUGUUAUUUUUGUGAUCAGAAUCAUUUAAAAGAGAGACAAAAAAAACAAACCAAACAAAUGCAGCCUUGCAUGCAGGAUUAAGUAUCCUCAUUUCUAUGGUUUUAUGGAAUUUAGAUGUACAAAACCCAACUGCAUUCCGAGGACUUUUCUACAAUAAAUGAAAAUGAAAGAAAAAAAAAUAUCAAACAAAACCAAAACAGCUCAACCUGUAAAA